AUGACCGGUGCGUGUGUUGGGUGUUGCAAUUCGAAAUGUCGUGCAUCGUUUCACCUUCCCUGUAUAUUUGAAGCCAAAGGCUUGACUAUUUUCAGUGGCGCGUUCGAUGCCUUUUGUUCCCACCAUCGACCAUCACAGGAUCUGAAAUCACGUCUGGAGACCUAUAAUGAUGACCCCCCCGAGUGCUGUAUAUGCCUAUUUAGCAUUUUCCCAGAAGAGGACGAAGCCGUCUCCAAUACGGAUAGCUUGUGCAAAUCGCUUUCUCCAGAUCAAGUUACGUCACCGUCAAGUACUUGCAGAAAAUCCGUUACUAUUGCUGGGGAUGCCUUGUGCCCUGUUCUUACACCCGCACCGAAACAGCAAUCUCAAAGCAACAACCACUGGGAGGUCAACACGUCGACUCACGGCGACUCGAAACGCACGCCGCUUCAAAGGGCCUCUCAGCUGUCGAGCUGGAAGAGACGCCUCCUCCACAGCACCACGCCUUCCAAGACACCCGGCCGGGCAACAACAACAUUGACGCCAUUCGACGCCUGGUCGCACGGUGUGAUCCACGGGGAGUGCUGUCGGCCCGCCUGGAUGCAUCGUGACUGCGCCGCCGGCUACGCGCGCUCGGCUGGCCUCCACCACGUCAAGUGCCCGCUCUGCUUUAACCGCGACACCUUCAUUUCCACUCUUCUGAAAUUUGGCGUUUGGGUGCCUGAUCGAGACGCUUCAUGGGAGUUGGAACCAGGCGCAUUUGCAUACUCCCAGGGUCCUCCUGUGGUGGGGGAGCUGGCGGCGGGUGGGGGGAAUGCCUCUUCUGAACCAAACGACGAAACCCAUGUUGUCCUCACCGGGACGCCGUCAGACACCCCACCCUCGCCCUCAAGUCGCGUUGAAAAGCCCCAAAUUGACGGUGGUAGCGAGUUUCGAGUGUCUCCGAUGCCACCGCCUCCCAGACGACGUCGGCGGAACACGGUGGUCGUCAGGCGGCCGACCGCUACUCCGGGACCCUCACGCACACGCAGAAGUCUGCGUCGGCUAGCUCAAACUCCACUCGAUUCUAACUCUCUCGUCACAGACCGUCUGCCCGCUCUCCUGGAGUGCUCGUUCGAUACCCCGGGCUCCAGUGAGAAGGAGAACAGGCGUCCGUCACCCACCACCACCGCCACCACCACCACGGAUCCCCUCACACUCCUCCCCCCGUCUUGUCCACCUCCAACAACCAAGGCGAGGAGGCGGCGAGCUCAGAGUAACUUUGCCGGGGCUCGACUCAAGCAAACUGUCAUCUCGUCGUUCUUUGAGCCCGUCGUCGCGGCUGGCGGCGACACCGUGGGUGGUGAUGUCCGCGAUGAUCCCGAAAUCGAGCGGACGAAUGCGCUGUUCCGGUCGAUGAUGAAUGUCGACCGGACACCAGUGACGAAGCCCAGCGCUGGACGGUACAGCCUUCGGAGCAGUAAAAGCGGCACAUCCUCUUUGCUGUGA